AUGAAACGAAAACAGCGCAGAUAUAGAACCACGUUCAAUUCACUACAGCUGCAGGAACUAGAACGAGCAUUCCAAAGAACUCACUAUCCAGAUGUAUUUUUUAGAGAAGAGCUAGCAGUUCGGAUCGAACUCACGGAAGCACGUGUCCAAGUGUGGUUCCAAAACCGUCGCGCAAAAUGGAGAAAAAACGAAAAGGGAUCGGUUGGAGAUGAAGGUGAAAGUGAAACCAGUGUACCCACAAAUACAAGUAAUCAAGCAGGUCCAUCACGGAUAGCUUCUGAAGAACAAGUGGGUACAAACAACACCAACUAUGACAACAUUUCACAAAACAUCAGUCUAGGAAAUUUGCAAAUGAAUUUGCAAGACAAUGUUUCACAAGUAUCGAACUUCGAUCAGGAUGGAAAAAUAUCGCUUGGACAAAUGUCUCCAGGACGAUUAUCUCCCAAUCUGUUCCUAAAUCUGAACUUUGAUCAUAUAAAUCCGACCGAUGGUCGUGGAGGAAAUUUAACGUUUGAAUGGAAUAGCCUUCCACCAACGAGCACCACGGGAAAGGAAGGUAUUUCCUUUUCCAGUACGCUAACGGAUAUGAACAAUUCUUUAAGCUCUCCUAUCGCCUCAUCAAGUGGUCCUUCUUCAUCGAACGCAAACAAUGGAUUACAGUUUAUGAACAUCAGCAGUUUGGUAUGCUCAUCUCCUCCUCCAUCCGCGUCAGUAUAUGACGAUGAAAUGAAGUUCCUCAACGUUGAUCAGUUUAAUAUGGAUAGCUUUAAAAGCGAAUCGUUGUUCAAUCUGGAUCAAAGUUUGCUGACAACCAACGAUCACCAAAGCACACUUAACAAUUCUUCUUACCAAACACAACUACAAAUGAUGAGUUCUGUUUGCCAUCCUGACGAAAAAUCACAUCUUAGCUUAGAUCUGCAUAAUUUUAGCCUUAACGCUCAUGGGUCUGAUAAGUCAAACAAAUCGCCCUCUGAGUUGUUGGACUUAGAAAAACCAAUCAACAUCAAUAUUAAUCUGAACAGUUUGGACCAUUUGGAUGAUGACAAGUAUUAA